AUGCUAAAGAAUCAGAAAAAAAUGACGCCCUUCGGGGUGACGGUGGCCGUGGACUCGCGCGCCACGGCGGGCUCGUACAUCGCGUCGCAGUCGACGCCCUUCGGGGUGACGGUGGCCGUGGACUCGCGCGCCACGGCGGGCUCGUACAUCGCGUCGCAGUCGGUGCGGAAGGCGCUGGGCAUCACGCGGCACAUCCUGGGCACGCUGGCGGGCGGCGCGGCCGACUGCAGCUUCUGGCAGCGGCUGGUGGCCCGGCAGAGCCGCGUGCAGGAGCUGCGGAACAAGGAGCCCGUGUCGGUGGCCGCCGCCUCCAAGCUGCUAGCCAACCUGGUGUACCAGUACAAGGGCACGGGGCUGAGCCUGGGGACCAUGGUGUGCGGCUGGGACAAGCGCGGGCCAGGUUUAUACUACGUGGACAGCGAGGGCCAGCGCGUGGCCGGCUCGGCGUUCGCCGUGGGCUCGGGCUCGUCGUACGCCUACGGCGUGCUGGACCGGGGGCUGGCGGAGCCGGUGGCCAGCGAGGAGCAGGCGCUGGCCCUGGCUCGCCGCGCCAUCUUCCAGGCGGCCACGCGCGACGCCUACUCGGGGGGCAGCGUGCGCGUGCUGCAGGUGGGAGCCCAGGGCUGGAGACAGGUGAGCUGCGACUGCGUGGCACAGCUGCAGGACGAGUACGGCAACUGAACCGGGUUUUGGGGCGAAAACACGGGAUUUGGGGGGCACGAAUAAAACGGAAUCCCUGCGCA